AUGGACGGAUCGCGUCGAAUGCCUACUAUGACUGUACAUACUGCCAGUCUCAACUGGAAAACUGCUUAUGGACCGAUCGAGGAUGUACUAAUGUCCAUGUCGGCCACUGACUCUGCCAUAUGA